CGCCGGGCACCGUCGUCGUCGUGAACACGGCCGCGAUCGCGCGGUGUUCAGCUGCUGGCUACCACCACCGCACCAUACGUCCGCGCUCGACGUUCGCCUUGCGGACAAUAGUCCGCGCUAGUGCCCUCGUGUCCGCGCGACCGACGUCGCGGUCGAUAGAACCCGCACCUAACGCGAGAGGGUACAACCAGGUGGAGGAUACCCGGAAGAAGAGGAGGAAGCGAAAGAGAUGGUGGUGGUGGUGCAGUGAAUUAGCUCUCGGCCACGCGCUUCACGUGCUCCUCUUCCAAGACUUGAAAUCGUACCAUCAAAAAUUGUCUCUUUUUCAAGAAGAAUUUUGCAUAUUUCCUACAUUACGUGAUCUCGUGGUGGGAAUCACGGAACCACAUCCUUCAGGGACAUCGUGAUACCGGGGCAAGGUUACUGCGCGCUCGCCACGUCCAGGUCAGGUGAGAAGCGCAGGUGAGAGGAAUCACCGGGCAGGCGCGUCGAGAGGUGCAACUGCACACCUGGAUUCGCCAUCUCUCCGGCUCCGGCAUAAGAUGCGAUCGGCGGGCACUCGCUCUCUACGUCGAUCACGACAGUCCGGAGCAAUCCGCGUCGAGCGUCGGGAUUAAGACGUCGGGUGUAUUGGAGAAAGAGAGAGAAAGAGAGACACUCGUCGUCAUAUUCGCGACGAAAGAAUUGACGCAACGAAUCAAGCACGGAGCAUCCCCAAUGACAUCGCCGAGAACGACCAGUCGUUCAUGCGAUUAGUCAAGAGCGAGUGCGGGAAGGGAGACCGAACGUGCAGCAAGAUCGGGCGAUGAGAAUCUCUCCCCGAACGGUCGAGGAGUCCCGGAAUCGUCGCCUCACGCAGCCCCGGGCGCCGAGGAGGUCGCGACGUCGUUGAAGGCCAUCAUAGCCGCCGGAGGAACGUCGCGUUCACGAGACAGAGGCACUCGAGAUACUCGAGGAUGUCGCUGCACUAUCCUCAGGGGUAUCGGUACCGAUCCGCAUCAAAGGCGAUCAGCGGGACCGGAGUCGGCGAGCAAGGCUCCGAUAGCGACGUAGCGGAGCUCAGCGACCUCGAGGACGAUGAGGACGAGGAUGAGGCUCGUGAAUCUGCCGAUAAGCGAGCGAUCGAGGGAGAAGACGAAGACGAGGAUGAGAACGGUGAGAAUGACGUGGAUGACGAGGAUGACGACGAUGAUGACGACGACGAUGAUGAGGAUGACGACGAUGAGGAUGAGGAGGAGGAGGGCGAGGGUCUACCCUAUCCAGGCUUCAUUCCGAUCGCUCUCAGAUAUCUCGACCAGACCACACGACCGCGCAACUGGUGUCUCGCGCUGAUUACUAAUCCGUGGUUCGAAAGGGUAAGCAUGAUGGUGAUCCUUCUGAACUGCAUCACGCUUGGGAUGUACCAGCCAUGCGUGGACGACCAGUGCGUAACGAAUCGAUGUAAAAUAUUGCAGAUGUUCGAUGAUAUCAUUUUUGCCUUCUUCUCCUUGGAGAUGACUAUAAAGAUGGUAGCGAUGGGGAUUUGGGGUAAAGGAACUUAUCUCGCGGAUUCCUGGAAUAGAUUAGAUUUCUUUAUAGUGAUGGCUGGCGCUUUGGAAUACUGCCUAAACGUGGAAAAUAUGAAUCUGUCAGCCAUACGAACGAUAAGAGUAUUAAGGCCAUUACGAGCGAUCAAUCGAAUACCAAGUAUGCGGAUACUAGUGAUGCUGCUGCUCGACACCCUUCCCAUGCUGGGCAACGUAUUGUUAUUGUGCUUCUUCGUCUUCUUCAUAUUCGGCAUCGUGGGCGUGCAGCUGUGGGAAGGCAUACUACGCCAACGCUGCUUCCUCAAGGCUCUGCCCAACGUCAAGUAUCCCGAGUUACUCUCGGACGAGUACUCGGUUCGAUCACGCAUUUACGAUCUGGAGAAGUAUUUCGAGUAUCAGGGUCAGGAUUACAUUUGUUCGCGUCCCGACGACAGCGGGAUGCACUCCUGCAGUAAUCUGCCGCCUCUCAAAUUCGGCAACUUGGUGUGCAACAGUACCGCUGUGCCAAACAGUAACGUCACGUUCAUCAACAAUGAUACCUGCGUUAAUUGGAACUACUACUACACCGAAUGCAAAGGCCAGGGCAACAAUCCAUUCCAAGGAACAAUUUCAUUCGAUAACAUCGGUCUUGCCUGGGUUGCGAUAUUUCUUGUUAUUAGCCUGGAAGGAUGGACGGACAUAAUGUAUUACGUGCAAGACGCCCACUCCUUCUGGGACUGGAUAUAUUUCGUUCUCCUAAUAGUCAUCGGUUCGUUCUUCAUGAUCAACCUCUGCUUGGUCGUAAUCGCGACGCAGUUUUCGGAAACGAAGAAGCGAGAAAUGGAGAGAAUGCGACUGGAGCGCGCGCGUUACCAUUCAACCUCGACGCUCGCCUCAUCCACGAAUACCUCGGAGCCUACUACUUGUUACGCCGAAAUUGUCAAAUACAUCGCCCAUCUCUGGCGACGAGGUAAACGAAGACUGAUGAAGAGAUAUCGCCUGUGGCUGUACAGGAGGCAGCAAAAGCGGGAGCAGAAUUUACUCAAAGAGCAGCAGAGUCAAACGUCUCGUUCGAACACCGCUGCUGUCGGGCCAAAUCGCGUACCGGGCGAUAGAAGACUGCAUCACGGGAGGUGUCCGCGGCUUCUCGCCGCGCUAGAAUAUGCAGAGCAACAGCAACAGCAGCAGCAACAGGCUACCAACGGGAACGGUGGAUCUGUCGCCGAUUUCGCCACAAUCACAUCCCCGACACAAUCGGCGAUGGCAAUUGCCGCCCCCACAGUCCCGACUAUCGGCAAUAGCGUCGGUGGUAGUGGAAAUCUGGGCACCGCGCCUCGAGCUAGUCCCGAGCUUUCCGAGGCCGAGGCUUCCGCGAAUGUGUGUCACAGAUUAAGCAUUCACCGCACCUCGUCCGUGUCCUGUAAUGGAAGCGACAAUGCUGUCGUGGGAAACGUGGCUGAGACGAACAGCACGUUGUUGAGUCCACCAUGUACGCAUUAUCGGAGAAGAAGCAGCGUAAUGUUUAGCGACGUGGUAUUGCUCCAUGGCAGCAAUAAUGUCGGGAAUGCGUUGCAGCCGGGGUUGACGGUGACACCGGGCGAACGUAACGUCUGCUCGAGCGAGAAGAUGACACAGACGGGCGAUGGUAACGUUUGGUCCAGUCCACUGCCGGACCACGCGCAGAUGCAAGCCGAACUGGGUGGCAACGAGGCUAUGACGUGUCAGGAAUUGUUGGCUCUCAGUGGUGCUCUCAGUGCUGCUCUGCCAACCGGCCAACUAGCGCUCGAUUCAUUUUUAAAUUCUCUCACGAAAGGUAUAACAGAUCGUCACAUCACAUUGGAAGAUCGCACGCAGUGGUUGACGUCCGACGUUGACAAUUGUUCCUGUUGCUGCGAGCUGCAGGCAGGUGAACAAUGGCCGGAAGACGGUGAGAAGUGGCAAAAGUCCUCGCGGCCUAGACAGCUUCUAAGACGCGCCGGUAGCUGCUGUAUCUGCACAUUGCGCUGUAUAAGACGGUGGAUCAAGAAGCUGGUCGAACACAAAUACUUUCAACAGGGUAUUCUAUUGGCGAUCCUCAUCAAUACUUUGAGCAUGGGAAUCGAAUAUCACAAUCAGCCAGAACAGUUAACAGUGGCCGUUGAGAUAAGCAACAUUGUAUUCUCGGCAAUCUUCGCGGUGGAAAUGUUGCUUAAGAUAAUAGCGGAAGGUCCAUUCGGUUAUAUCAGUAACGGCUUCAACGUUUUCGACGGCAUCGUCGUCGUUCUGAGCGUCGUCGAGCUCUGCCAAUCAGUCGUAGAGGAGCGUGGUGGCAGUUCCGGUCUGAGUGUCCUGCGUACGUUCCGCCUCCUCAGGAUCCUGAAGCUAGUGCGAUUUCUACCCAAUCUACGACGUCAGCUUUUCGUGAUGCUGCGCACCAUGGAUAACGUUGCCGUAUUCUUUUCUCUUUUAGUACUUUUCAUCUUUAUAUUCAGCAUCCUAGGGAUGUACCUGUUCGGGGGUAAGUUUUGCAUGUGGGCGGACCGGAGUCGGCCCUGCACCUGUGCCGAGGUGGUCUCGCGGCACCCAUUGUGUCGCUGUGAUCGCAAACAUUUCAACGACAUCGUCUGGGCACUAGUCACUGUUUUUCAGAUUCUCACACAGGAAGAUUGGAAUGUCGUCCUCUUCAACGGUAUGCAGAAGACGUCUCAUUGGGCUGCGCUUUAUUUCGUAGCAUUGAUGACUUUCGGCAACUACGUCCUCUUUAAUCUUCUAGUCGCCAUUCUUGUUGAAGGUUUCUCGUCGGAGAGAAACGAGAGGAGAGAACGAGAGCAAAGAGAAUUGGCAAAAAGACUCGCCGCAAAAGAAGCUGGAAUAGGCAGCGAGGAUGGAUCGUCAAGAAUAUCGGGAUCGCAUUCGAUCUCUGACAGCGAUACGUAUACCCAGGAUCAAAAAAAUUCAUGGCAAAGUGCAGAAGAGCUUAGGAAGUACAAGGACAACAGGGAGAAGCAGAACAGCGUAUGGAAGCAACGGAUCGAUGAACCUAAGUGUAACAUCCAGAAAGAGAGCAAGAUGAUGGGUGUGGCGGGUCAGCCGCCGAUAAUUACUCAUACAGCAGCCACUCCUCAAGACUCUCCGAACACCACGUUAGAUGUUGGCUACAGAGACCUCAAUUGUCGAGCAGUUUAUCCGACUGCUGCCCUUUCAAUCGAGUCCAUCGAUCGAUCUGGUAGUCAGUGCAGUAUAUCCUCGGGAUUGCUAAAGUUACCUGAUGUAUCCAACAAAAUACCGACAAAUAAUUUAAUAGCUGGUCAAUUCCCGAGACGCAUAAGCCUCGUUACGGCCGUUGUUAAUCCCUCAACGAGGGACUCGAGUUCUAGUCCGCCGAGGAUACAAAGAGGAUACUCGUGGCGCUUGUCGCGGCCAUCUUUGGGGAGGAAACGAUGGUCGCAAAGCGAUGAUGAACACACCGGCCAUACUACUGUACUAAACAAUGGGCGUAGUACUCUCGUUGGAUCCAAUCUAACAUUUAAUGGCGGUUAUUUACACGGUUCGAUAAGAAACGAUACUCAACGCGAUGCGCCCAAUAAUCGAACAACCGUCCUGACAAGCAAUAAUCGUAGUUUGAGUCCUAAUAAUUCGCUCGAAAGCCAUGCUCCAUGGUCGAUUCGUCGUUACACAGUUACGCCUAACCAGGAAUUACUGGAACGUGAUUUACAGAUGCGAUGGAUUGGCGAGCUUUCACGGAGAAAUUCACUGCGCGGAUACGAGAAUGUUCAGACGUCCACGAGGAAAACGCUACCAUUGGACGAGAUGCUCGCACCGUCCUCGAACCCACGCACGAUCAAUAAUCUCUCGAUGGAGACCGGUCCGCUGCCGAGAAUCAAACGACUCCAUGAACAAGAAGAGGAACGUCCGAGAACGGGUGGCGAGCAGACUCCACCGUCGAAUGGUCAUGGUAGCGCAAGCAGUAUCGAAAGAAUAAAAAAAAUAUUCAUGUUUUUCGAACCUAAGGGCUGCCUGCAGGAGCGUGACAAUUAUUCCCUAUAUUUAUUCCCACCAAAUAACAGAUUUCGCAUUUUAUGUCAAUGGUUUGUGGAUCAAAAAUGGUUCGACAACGUGGUAUUGUUAUUUAUUGGAUUAAAUUGCAUUACUCUGGCAAUGGAACGACCGAAUAUACCGCCGGACAGUCGUGAGAGAAUUUUUCUAUUGACCGCGAAUUACAUUUUUACUGCUGUUUUCGCCAUCGAGAUGUUCAUUAAGGUCGUCGCAACGAGUAUGUUAUACGGUCCAGACGCUUAUUUUACAUCAGGUUGGAAUAUUAUGGACGGAUCUCUCGUUAUUAUUUCUAUAAUUGAUUUAUCGAUGUCAUUGCUCUCGUCUAGUAGCCCCAGAAUAUUUGGCAUUUUAAGGGUAUUUAGACUACUGAGAUCACUGAGACCUUUGCGUGUCAUCAAUCGUGCACCUGGCUUAAAGCUGGUCGUCCAGACACUGCUGUCUUCAUUACGACCCAUCGGCAACAUUGUUCUCAUAUGUUGCACGUUUUUCGUGAUCUUUGGUAUUCUCGGGGUGCAGCUAUUUAAGGGUGCGUUCUAUUAUUGCGAAGGUCCCGAUAUCAAGAAUGUACGCAAUAAAACGGAUUGUUUGGCCGAUAAGCGAAACAUGUGGCUCAACAGAAAGUACAAUUUUGACGAUCUUGGUAAAGCUCUUAUGUCAUUAUUUGUUUUAUCGUCGCGAGAUGGAUGGGUAAACAUCAUGUAUACUGGUCUAGACGCUGUCGGGGUCGAUCAGCAGCCUAUCGAAAAUUACUCUGAGUGGCGAUUAUUGUAUUUCAUCGCGUUCAUAUUGCUGGUGGGUUUCUUCGUGCUGAAUAUGUUCGUCGGAGUGGUGGUCGAGAAUUUUCAUAGAUGCCGUGAAGAACAGGAGAAAGAAGAACGCGUGCGAAGAGCGGCUAAGCGCGCGUUGCAAAUGGAGAAAAAGAGACGAAAAAUGCACGAGCCGCCGUAUUACACCCACUAUUCUAAGGCGCGGCUGUUCGUCCACAACGUCGUAACAUCCAAGUACUUCGACCUGGCGAUCGCCGCCGUUAUCGGUCUCAAUGUCGUUACGAUGGCGAUGGAGUUUUACAUGAUGCCGAAAGCGCUCACUUACGCACUGAAGAUCUUUAAUUAUUUCUUCACCGCAGUUUUCAUUCUCGAAUCCUUAAUGAAACUUGUCGCCCUCGGCAUACAGCUUUAUCUAAAAGACAAGUGGAACCAAUUAGACGUGGGAAUAGUAAUACUGUCAGUGGUCGGCAUCGUGUUAGAGGAGGUCGAAUCUAAGAUUAUCCCCAUUAAUCCCACGAUAAUUCGCGUAAUGCGAGUGUUGCGAAUAGCCCGGGUGUUGAAGCUCUUGAAAAUGGCAAAGGGCAUACGUGCCCUUUUGGACACGGUGAUGCAGGCGUUACCACAAGUCGGAAAUCUGGGGCUGUUAUUUUUUUUACUUUUCUUUAUAUUUGCCGCGCUAGGGGUGGAACUUUUCGGUCGACUAGAAUGCAAUGAUGAUAUGCCUUGCCAAGGUCUUGGCGAGCACGCGCACUUUAGUAACUUUGGCAUGGCCUUUUUGACGCUUUUCCGGGUCGCCACUGGUGACAAUUGGAAUGGAAUCAUGAAGGACACGCUAAGGGACGAUUGCGAUGAUGCGGCGGACUGUGUUAAAAAUUGUUGCGUGAGCAGUAUCAUCGCACCAAUAUUUUUUGUGAUUUUUGUUUUGAUGGCACAAUUUGUACUGGUGAACGUCGUCGUCGCUGUGCUAAUGAAACAUUUGGAAGAAAGUCACAAACAGAUGGAAGACGAGCUGGAUAUGGAAACACAAUUGGAGAGAGAAUUAGCUGCGGAACAGGAAGAACUUCUUGACGAGGAAGAUGAGGAUGACAUAGUGAUGAAUGGCAGAAUAAAUGGCGACGAAGAUGACGAUGAAGAUUAUAAAGAACACGAGUCAAUGGUGGUAAAUGAAAAAAUACACGUAAGACCAGGAUUGGCUAAAGUUCGGUCUUUACCUGCGAAUUUUAUUUACAAUCCACCGAGGGAGAGAAACAUCGAUGAUGCCUCGAUUUCCAUAUCCUUGGACGAAAAACGUCGCGGUUCGAGUUCGAGACCGUCCAAGUUUAAGUCAAGACGCCGGCAAACAUUCCACUCGAGCCAUCAUCAACGAAGGUCAUUGCUGCCAAUGCACUUUGAGGUCGCCGAAGUUUUUGAGAAACCCGUGAGUAACCUGAGCGUACCUCGAAUUAUUCCACAUCGCAGCUACGCCACAACUAGUCAAGAUGUCAAUCGAGUACAACGUCAGAAGUUGCCGGUGACCACUAGUGAAAUGCGUGAAAAUAAAUCUCUGUUAACCGUAAGCAAACCGCCGACCACCCCCUCAUUGGUCACAUCCCCCGGCUCGAGCAGCACCCUAAGUGUCCCGCCAAAAUUGACCAGCGAUCGUUACCUCAUGCCAACCACCGAGAUUUACCCGUCCAAGGCGACAAUGAGCCGCCGGACAUCGAGCGACACACAAUCACCGACGCCAUCGGAUACGACGAGUGCGAGCGCCGGUACUAGCAGUACGCGAACGCCCAGCAUCGCGAAUGGCUAUGUCGGUGGCAAAGCUCGAUUGGAGGAACCAAAGAAGAAGAUGAUAGAAGAGAGAAGACGCCCAACAACAACGACGGUGCCGACGCCACCCCAAGAAGACCUUGAUGUGCAGUCUGUUAUCAACGAGAGGAGGCCGUCCAAAUUGAAAACGCAUGAUGCUGGCGCGUCCACCACAACCAGCAUCGCCAGCGAUCAGUACAGCGCGAUGAUCCGCGGCGAGGGUUACAGCCAUAUUUAUGUCACCACCGAGGAAAGAUCCGACGAAAUCCCUUCGCCGUGCGGCAACGCGAGUGAGAGUACAGGUACCGGUAGCCUGAGCGUCGCCGGCAGUCUCAGCGCCGUCGCCAGUAUCAGCGUCGCCAUGAGUGCUAGUGCAGCUGGUAGCAUCAGCAACGGUAGUUGCAAUGGUAGCGGCAGCCGAAGUGGCAACGGCAGUGGCAACGACGAUGGAGUGCACAUCGGCGAGGGCGGCGCCAUCGGAUCUGACGUGAGAAUAUACGUCGACGACACAGACUCGGCGAGCAGCAGCAAUGGACAACGGCGCGGUGGCAGAUUGCGUGACGACGAAAUCCAGGACGUCUCGACCACCAUCUCCUCUACUACGACGAUGAGAAAUGGUAGAGGCAGUGGCGAUACGGACGAAAGCAAGGAGAUACCCGAGAGACCGUCCUCCACCGGUGGAUCGUUGGAUCCGCCCUCUUAAUCCAGGGCGAACGAGCCGAUGUAGUCUCUAGUUGUACGUACGAGAUGUUUCCAAGGGAUGAAACAUAGUACACACGUGUUAUACAUAUGGUAUACACUGCACGGUGGAAAAACAUUAUGGUGGAAGAUCGCGGGAGGGAUUUAAGAAAGGGCUCUAAGAAAGACUGUAGUGCAUGACAAUAUAGUCGUUAUAUUAUAGUCUCUUCGCCGCCGUGAACUUGCCAAAACGAACAAGUCGAGCAUUUAGAGGGAGAUUGAACUUUCCGGGAGAAAGAACGAGAGAGAGAGAGAGAGAGAGAGAGAGAGAGAGAGAGAGAGAGUAUGAAAAGAAUAUUCUGUGCAUCGUGUAAAUGAGAUACGAUCACGCGAACGGCAUGAUAUAAUUAGGAAAAUCUAUUCUGUGUAGCGCAAAACAGCUACACAAAACGCGCGACGUGCGCGUAUCACAUAACUUGAAAACCUAUGACAAUCUCUUAUUGCCAACGGAACUAAUUUCGUUGUUCCGUUUCCGAAACGUCAAUGGAAGUCGAUUCGUAGGAAUUGGUAGGAAGAAGAACGACGUAGACCGCGUCGAUAAAAAUUAGAAAGAGAGAAAGAGAGAAUUUUAGUAGUUUAUAACUAGAUCUUAUGUCGAGUACGCGACAAAACUGCAAUUAAUUGGACCACACUGUCUCGCCUUUCCUUAUUCUCUAACUCUUGAAAAUUACGCGAGGUUCGCCGAUUGGAAAUCAAAGAUGUCUACAAUCGAUCGAUGUGGAUUGUGUUUUUGUAAUUGGAUCGAUUAUAACGGGAAUGAUAAUUAAUCGGCAAAAUUGGACUGAUGUAAUUUUUUUGCGAUUAUACAUACAUGUGCCUGGUCUUUUAACUAUAGAAUAAUCUACUAGAAUAAUCAUAUUUAUAUAAAUUCAAUUUUAUCUAGUUUAAAAAGGAUAUGACAAUUGUUAUUAGUCUUGCAUGAGAGUACAGAAAUAAUAUAGAAAGUACAGAGACUUUGAUUUUCACAAUUAAUUUUUUAAACCAGAAUCAAAGAUCGAUCAAUUGUGACGAUUAUUGGACAAUCGGCGUUCGAGAAUCGUGAUUUAUCUUCGUUUCGUUCACUUCACUUCACUCUUUUCACACAUUAGAGCGUUCUUCUCGUUGACAUCUGUGAUAUACUUUAAUCGUAGUGUAUUUCCUAACGGUAACAGCAAAUAUCAGAAUGAAAUCGUAACAUCAGCAGCAACAACAGCAGCAGCAAGCAACAGUAACAAUUUAAGAAUGGUAGCUGACUUUUUAAUAAAACGAAAACCAAUGUUUCAGUGGUUUUCGUGGGAUAAAAAUAGAGAGACAAAACAGAAAUAAAUAGGAACUCUAUACUGUACAUACAUACACCUACGAAUAUUCUAUACUCUACACUUGGUGUGGUUUAUUUUGAUACUACCGCGUGCGGUAAUAUAUUUAACGAUUGUCGUUAAUAUAUUUAACGAAGUAAAUCUAACAAAAAAAAAGAAAUAAGAAUAAAUAACUCUAUGCCUUUUACGAGCGUUGACGAACCUUCGUGCGGUGGUGGUGCCCGCGUUCUUUUCUUUUCAGCUGCAAAAGGGCGACCGACGACUCCAACCACCCUUUGUCAUGUCGAAGGUGUAGUCGCUAAAAUCAUAUUCAGGCGUGCCGGGCGCGUCGCAUUGCUUGAAAAAAAAAAAAUUAGUAGUAAUCGUCGACCGAUCGAUCGCAUGGUCGAUAUUACAUUUCAUUUAAAAAGCCUAACAAAAUCUCGAGUCGCGUUUUUGCGUUGAGCUUAAGUGGAAUUCCUAAUCCAAUGCUGAUCGGAACAGUCGAACUUCAUCAUUGAGUCUUCGAUGGAAACACUCCGGUGCACAGUGGUUCCAUAGAGUUGCGCUUAACAUCAGAAUGGCUGAGAAUUUGCUCUCUAGAAAAAUAGUUUCUUAACUCGAGAAAGAUUACAUUAUAUAUAGUUAAAAAAUAUAAUAUAACUCUAUUAUGUCUGAUUUCUCGAAUAUCAAUGAUAUUUUAUAAUGCACGAUUGAACACGUGUGAUCGAAAUUUGCAGCGUGCCUCUCAAAGCUGAAUUAUACAUAUUACAUUUUCUAUACUUAAUUAUUUCUAAAGAGAUCGACUUUCACAGAUCGAGAUGUUGGAAAUUACUGUUAUACUUCGUGUCAUAAUGUGAAAGAGAAAGUAAGACUUAAAACUAAUAUAAUAGUAAUUCGUGUAACUGUCUUUGCCAUUCUGGUGGUAAAUCUCAAUUGGAAAUAACGUGGCACAAAAUAAAUAUUGCAAAAAUAGACAGAAAACAACGAGCGAUUCCAAACUGCUAUCAGAGCAUGUUGAGUCAAAUCCAGAUCAACGUGAUCAUUCAAAUGAGUAUGAACGAACGCGAAUAAACAACGGUAGUACCGUUUGCACUUGAAGCAAGUUGUUUAUUCGAGUUUGUUUGCUUGGUCUAGAUCCGGCUUUAUUUUAAAGAAAGAACAUAGAUAAUCUCGUAUCCAUGCGCUACAUGUACUCGCGUUUCUUCGGCACCACGACCGGCUCUCGAUAGCUCGAUAGCGUUAGACGACUGAACUCCGAAUUAUAGUUAUUCUAGACGCGCCGAUUACAGUCGUGCGCGAGUUCGCCGAUCAGCUGCACACGUAUCGAUAGUCUGGCAGUUGCAUACUGUAUAAAAAAAAAAGAUACAUAGAAAUAUCGGUUCAAAAGGGUAAAGAAAAAAAUAAUGUUGUUACAAAAUUAUAUGAUCGUGCGUAUAUAUACACGCAUGAUAUGAAAAGAGGAAUGUCGUAUCAAAAUUCGCAGCGUGCCUCUCGAGUCUGUUCUUCGCCUGUAGAGAAGGCAGUGCGUAAUUGUCGAAUUAAUGAAAAAUAGUAAAACUAAAAAAACUAAACAUAACGAGGAGAAGUGGAAAACCAAGAUCGGGCCGCGGCUGGCCCUCCUCUCCCCUCCCCCUCCCCCAAGAUAUAUAACAUGCUAUUUUAAUUACGGUAAUGAGGUGUGUAACCGGUCGGUGUAGAACCGCCAGAGAGAGUCUUUUCCUGUCUGCCUGAUAUCCUGCGUGUAUGCGCUUGAUGACUGGUGAGAUGCGAAACUUUGGCCUCGCUCCACCACAUGAAGCCGGAGAGUACGAUAAAAAUGUGGGGUACGUGUGCGACGGAGAAUGCAUGAGGAGAGAUUCGAGAUAGCGGAGAGUUCGAAGGAAAAACUAAAUAUGUACAAAUGUAAUAAAUCGUGCGACGAUUACGUUGAA